UUGUUCUUAUCUGAAAGAAAAAUGAGCGGACUUACUACCGUUCUGGUUUUGCUGGGAGUCUUUUGGACUCAGACUUCUGCACUUACAACCUAUGUCCUUCAUGAACCUAACAAAAACUAUGUCACUGGAACUAUGACCAUUGACAGUGAGAAUGAUGUGGCUGAUGUCCAUGUCCGUUCUGGAGUGUACUCCUCUGAUACCAUCUUUGACUAUGCGCAUGGAUAUAUUGCAACAAGGUUAUUUUCACGACGUGCUUGUUUUAUCAUGAAAAUAGACAAGCAAUACAUCCCGACCCUGCAACAAAUUGGACGCCUGGCUUUUGAAAGACAGACUAUGAAGGAGAUAUACUCUCCAAAGAAUGUGUGGGUACAGUUUCAGUCUGGCCAUUCUUUCUUUGGGAAUAUCAAGAAUUGGCUUACCUAUGGAAAACAAAUUGAAAAACUCUGCAAAGGCCUGCCUCUCUACCGCCUUGUAAAGAGUCAACCACCACUGAAUGUUCGUGGCUGUGCCAAUGCAGGAGUUCCAAACAUUUUGGGCAUUCAAAUCUGUGAAAAAAGCCAGUAGUCUGGAUCUUGGCAAUUCUGCUGCAUGGAAACGACUUGUUUCUUUGCAUGCUUUUGUGGUUGUAGCCAUGUUCUCCAACUGGAACAAAACUGGGUAUUAGACCCAAUUUGCCUAUCCAAAGCUUUGAGUGUAAUAAACAA